AUGGGUGAAGAGAAGAAGGAAGAAGAAAAGAAAGAAGAAACUAAGGAGGAAAAGAAGGAAGAAGAGAAAAAGGAAGAAGAAAAGAAAGAUGAAGAACAACUUCCUCAAGAGAUUGUACUCAAAGUUGAUAUGCAUUGUGAAGCUUGUGCAAGGAAAGUUGCAAAAGCAUUGAAAGGAUUUGAAGGAGUGGAGGAGGUGAGUGCAGAUAGUAAGAGCAGCAAAGUGGUAGUGAAAGGAAAGGCAGCAGACCCCAUAAAAGUACUCAAAAGACUACAAAAGAAAAGUGGUAAGAAAGUGGAACUUAUUUCACCUUUACCUAAACCUCCACAAGACAAAAAAGAAGAAGAAAUCAAAGAACCACCAAAGGUAGAAGAGAAAAAAGAUGAGGGUCCUACUGUGGUAACAAUAGUUCUUAAAAUAAGAAUGCAUUGUGAUGCAUGUGCUCAAGUUAUACAGAAGAGAAUCCGGAAGAUAAAAGGAGUAGAAUCAGUGGAAACAGAUUUAGGAAACGACCAAGCCAUAGUAAAAGGUGCAAUUGAUGCAGCAAAGCUUGUUGAAGAAGUAUACAAGAGAACCAAAAAGCAAGCAUCAAUAGUGAAAGAGGAGGAAGAAAAGAAGGAAGAAGAGAAGAAAGAAGAAGAGAAAAAGGAAGAGAAAAAAGAAGGAGAAGAGGAAGAGAAAAAAGAGAGUGAAGAAGAAAACAAGGAAGAAGAUGAUAAUAAAACUGAAAUCAAGCGCAGUGAAUAUUGGCCAUCAAAAGAUUAUAUUGAUUAUGCUUAUGCACCUGAGAUUUUCAGUGAUGAAAAUCCAAAUGCUUGUUCUAUUAUGUAG